AUUUGCUGACAUGAAUGAAUUCUUUUACAGCCGAGGCUAUCCACGGGCCGCGCCUUCAGGAGCUCACCUCUUCUCAGCAGAGCUCGGCCGUGCAAUCAUCGGUCAACGUCAUUUCCCUCAAGGUGGCCGACUCCGACGUGGGCUACCCGAUCAGUGUCUUUGGCACCGUGCUCGCGAGGGACGACGCCGACUACAGAUGCGUCUACUUGUUCCGCCGCGACAGGGAUGAUCCCCAGUUCAUCGAGUCGCCGGAGGACAUGCUGACUUUGACAGGCCCAAACCGAGGGCUCGUCGUGCCAGACACCAUCUUCUUCGAGUUCAACCUGAAGAUCAAGGGCGACGGAACCACCGGCGACAGAGAUUUCAGCAAAGGUGUCAUAGAACACUACCCUGUUCCCUUGGAGAAGGGACCCAAGGCUGAGCUGCUAUCUAGCUGGCUGAGCACGGUAGAACUGGUACUAGCGCCCGUUCCAUAUUCGGUGGCAGCUACCGUCAAAAUCAGUAUUCUGAAUGGACCCUGCGACGCCCCUUUCAGUAGCAAGAUAACCGCCUGGACCGCCGGAGACACCGAGAGCCAUGUCAUUCUAUAUGAUGAACACGAAAGCAGAGCGAUGGGCGGCCGUAGAUUGAUCGGAGACGGCGGUUCAAUCGCGUUAAGCCGUGAUCUGGUGGCCGUCCAUGUGCCUAGUGCCUUGUAUGAUGAUGAGUAUGAAGAAAUCGCGCUCAGUGUUUGUUUUACUUCCCGUGAUGGUGAUGGUGAGUGCACCUGUGUCACUCUACAAUACCCUCAGGAGGGAGAAGGUUUGCAAUCAUGGUUCCUAUGAGCUUCAGGUGGAGGUUACCUGGACAGCCAUUCUGGAAGGGCCGUUUGGCACGGAUGUUGACAAAAGAUGGAGCUCUGUUCCUCUGAAGCCAUUGCUUUUCUGAUGAUCUGUGCCUCAACAGGUGAAGGAUGCUUGUUAGGAUAUUACAGCUAUAUGUUGCUCUGUUUUCCUCUUGGGAUGUAACGAAGGCAUGGCAGCCUCUGCUCGAGUACUUGCUUGACGUUUUGUGUUGAAAUAAUAAUUUCAAUUUUACUAAA